GGUGCCUGUGGCCCCGGCUGCCAGAUGCAGAACAGCAGCCUGUUCGGGGGGUUGUUUUCUCGGCCACUUUCAGUCCAUUGCUUUGGACUGAGUGUUUAAAAAUACCCUGUAGCAUGUUUGCGUACUCAUGAGCCACGCGUCGGGAGAACGCUGUUUCGGAGAAAGCUUCAAAGACGCGCUGGUCUUUAUCUCUUCCCCAGCCCUUUCCGCCGAGACCCACCAGUCUUUUUCUGCCUCUCUUGUGCUAUAAAUAGAAGCGCAGCUCUCCGUGGGUAGCCCGAGCUCACCGCUCUCAUCCGCUUCUGAAAAAUGUGUGCGCGCCGUGGAGUAGAUGGUGUUUUAUUUUACUUUCCUUUCAUGUGUGAGAUGUUUAGCAGGAGAUUCAAGGAAAAAUACUUUGUCAUUUAUCCUUUAAAAGUAACUUUUAAUAACGUCUCUGGGUCUGGCUUUGUUGUCUUUUUUUUUUUUUCUUAGUUUGCAUUUAGGAAAGAGAUGGAAGCCAGCACUGCCCCUGCCGAGACCAUCAUCAAGGAGGGCAUGCUGACCAAGCAGAACAGCUCGUUCCAGCGGUCCAAGAGGAGGUACUUCAAGCUUCGGGGGCGCACGCUGUACUACGCCAAGACUGCGAAGUCCAUUAUAUUUGAUGAGGUGGACCUGACAGACGCCAGCGUGGCUGAAUCCAGCACCAAAAACGUCAACAACAGCUUUACGGUCAUCACCCCGUGCAGGAGACUCAUCCUCUGUGCUGACAACAGAAAGGAGAUGGAAGACUGGAUCGCAGCCCUGAAGACCGUUCAGAACAGGGAGCAUUUUGAGCCCACCCAGUACAGCAUGGACCACUUCUCAGGGACGCACAACUGGUACGCCUGCUCCCAUGCUAGGCCCACCUACUGCAACGUGUGUCGAGAGGCGCUGUCGGGGGUCACGUCCCACGGGCUGUCCUGUGAAGUGUGCAAGUUCAAGGCCCACAAGCGGUGCGCCGUGCGUGCCAACAACGACUGCAAGUGGACCACGUUGGCCUCUAUCGGCAAGGACAUCAUCGAGGAUGAGGAUGGGAUCUCCAUGCCCCACCAGUGGCUGGAAGGGAACCUGCCUGUGAGUGCCAAGUGCACUGUGUGUGACAAGACCUGCGGCAGCGUGCUGCGCCUGCAGGACUGGCGCUGCCUCUGGUGCAAGGCCAUGGUGCACACGUCCUGUAAAGACUCCUUGGUGACCAAGUGCCCGCUGGGCCUGUGCAAGGUGUCGGUCAUCCCUCCCACCGCUCUCAACAGCAUUGAUUCCGACGGCUUCUGGAAAGCCACGUGCCCUCCGUCCUGCACGAGCCCACUGCUGGUCUUCGUCAAUUCCAAGAGUGGGGACAACCAGGGGGUGAAGUUCCUCAGAAGAUUCAAGCAGCUGCUGAACCCCGCCCAGGUCUUCGACCUCAUGAAUGGAGGCCCGCACCUUGGCUUACGCCUGUUCCAGAAGUUCGACACCUUCCGGAUUCUGGUUUGUGGUGGGGAUGGCAGUGUUGGCUGGGUCCUCUCUGAAAUUGACAGCCUGAACCUUCACAAGCAGUGCCAGCUGGGAGUGUUGCCCCUGGGCACUGGGAACGACCUAGCCCGUGUGCUGGGCUGGGGCUCGGCCUGCGAUGACGACACCCAGCUCCCUCAGAUCUUGGAGAAGCUGGAGAGAGCCAGUACCAAGAUGCUGGACAGGUGGAGCGUCAUGGCAUACGAGACCAAGCUCCCUCGGCAGGCCUCGUCCUCCACCGUCACUGAAGAUUUGAGCGAGGGCUCCGAGGUGCAGCAAAUUCUCUUCUACGAAGACUCGGUUGCCGCCCAUCUUUCCAAGAUCCUGACCUCCGACCAGCACUCGGUGGUGAUCUCCUCGGCCAAAGUCCUCUGUGAGACCGUGAAGGACUUCGUGGCUCGGGUGGGGAAGGCCUACGAGAAGACGACGGAGAGCUCGGAGGAGUCGGAGGUCAUGGCCAAGAAGUGUUCAGUCCUGAAGGAGAAGCUGGACUCACUCCUCAAGACCUUGGAUGAUGAGUCCCAGGCCACGUCCUCGCUGCCCACCCCGCCCCCCACCAUUGCUGAGGAGGCGGAAGACGGGGAUGGCGGGGGCGGAGGCUGCAGCGCCCCCGGGGACCGCGCCGUGGGCUCGGCCUGCCCGGCCCGACCUCAGAUCUUCCGGCCCCGGGAGCAGCUCAUGCUGAGAGCCAACAGCCUGAAGAAGGCCAUCCGCCAGGUCAUCGAGCACACGGAGAAAGCCGUCGAUGAGCAGAACGCCCAGACCCAAGAACAGCAGGGCUUUGUCCUCGGCCUCGCGGAGUCAGCGGAGAAGAAAGACCUGAAGCCGGACGACAGAACGUGUGCCAGCGAGAGCUGUGGUGCUGCCAAGGCCAGGAGCCUCCGCAAAGUGGCCAAGGCCCCGUGUGAGAAGCUGAUCGGCAAGGGGAGUUUGUCCUUGGGCAGCUCUGCCUCCCUCCCUCCCACGUCGGGAAGCCGUGACGGCCUGCCGGCGCUGAACACCAAGAUCCUGUUCCCCACCGUGCGGGCCGGGAUGUCCGGGUCCUUGCCUGGAGGCUCCGUCAUCAGCCGCUUGUUAAUUAACGCUGACCCCUUUAACUCGGAACCGGAGAACCUCGAGCGCUACACGGAGCGGUGCGUCAUGAACAACUACUUCGGCAUCGGCUUGGACGCCAAGAUCUCUCUGGACUUCAACAACAAGCGGGAUGAGCACCCCGAGAAGUGCAGGAGUCGAACCAAGAACAUGAUGUGGUACGGCGUGCUGGGGACCAAGGAGCUGCUGCACAGAACGUACAAGAACCUGGAGCAGAAGGUCCUGCUGGAGUGUGACGGGCGGCCUAUCCCGCUCCCCAGUCUCCAGGGAAUUGCAGUCCUCAACAUUCCCAGCUAUGCUGGAGGCACCAACUUCUGGGGAGGCACCAAAGAAGACGAUACCUUCACAGCGCCGUCCUUCGAUGACAAGAUCCUGGAGGUGGUGGCCGUGUUCGGCAGCAUGCAGAUGGCCGUGUCUCGCGUCAUCAAGCUGCAGCAUCACCGCAUUGCCCAGUGUCGCACGGUGAAGAUUUCCAUCCUGGGGGACGAGGGCGUCCCUGUGCAGGUGGACGGGGAGGCCUGGAUCCAGCCCCCGGGGUACAUUCGGAUCGUCCACAAGAACCGGGCGCAGACCCUCACCAGGGACAGGGCCUUUGAGAACACCCUCAAGUCCUGGGAGGACAAGCAGAAGUGUGACCUGCCGCGCCCCCCGACCUUCUCCCUGCACCCGGAGAUCCUGUCUGAGGAGGAGGCCACCCAGAUGGAGCAGUUUGGGCAGGCGGCUGGCGCCCUCAUCCACAGUAUCCGGGAGAUCGCCCAGUCCCACCAUGACAUGGAGCAGGAACUGGCCCACGCCGUCAACGCCAGCUCUAAGUCCAUGGACCGAGUGUACGGCCGGCCCCGGACCACGGAGGGACUCCACUGCAGCUUUGUCCUGGAGAUGGUGAACAACAUGAAGGCUCUGCGCAGCGAGACGGAGCUGCUGCUGGCAGGCAGGGUGGCCCUGCAGUUGGACCCGCCUCAGAAGGAGCGUCUUGGGGCCGCGCUGGCUGAGAUGGACCGACAGCUCAGGAAGCUGGCGGACACGCCCUGGCUGGGCCAGUCCCUGGAGCCCGGUGAGGAAGAGAGCGUGAUGCUGGAUCCUUGCAAGCGCAGCCGCGGCGGGAAGUUCCGCCUGGUCACCAAGUUCAAGAAGGAGAAGAACAACAGGAGCAAGGAAGCCCGCGGCAGCCUGGGCGCCCCGGUCCAGCUCUGGGGCACAGAGGAGGUUGCUGCCUGGCUGGAGCACCUCAGUCUCUGUGAGUACAAGGACAUCUUCGUGCGGCACGACAUCAGGGGCGCCGAGCUCCUGCACCUGGAGCGCAGGGACCUCAAGGACCUCGGCGUGACCAAGGUGGGCCACAUGAAGCGCAUCCUGUGCGGUAUCAAGGAGCUGAGCCGCAGCGUCCCCGCCGCCGAGGCCUAGCCUCCGCCCUGUCGGCCUGCGUCCCCCGCGCCCCCCAAGACUGAGCGGGCUCCUCAUGGUGCUACUCCCUUCGCUCGCAACAGGAAGCCUCCGACCCCGUGUCCCGACACCAACACAGCUACCUUUGAAGCGCCGUCUGCCCCGGGGGCGUGUUGGCCAGCGGGCGGGACUCAGUGCCAGCCCCACAGGGCCGCCCCAGGCUCCGGGCUCCAGGCAGACCCGGCAGCACGGGCACCUGCGCUGGGGCUUCUCUCCGCCGACGCCUUGACACGUGGCCAGCUGCUCACAGCCACAUCCAUGCCGGAAGGCCCUGUGCGUGCCGGCUGCUGGGCUCCUGAUAGCCGCCCACAAGGUGCCCUCUGCCCGCGUCUGCGGGAGGUGGCACGGGCGCGUUCCCGUCCUGUCUGCAGCGGGAUGUGCAGCGAGGCCCCCUCUACGCCUGGCAAGCGGGGCCAGCGAGCCCUGUCCCCGUGGCCUCGGCCCUGUCCUGGUGGAGCCUGGCUGCUUCUGAGGGUACGGGGCACGGCUCCCCCGGGCCGUGCGAGAUGGGGUGGCUGCGCCCCAUGGCCAGAGGAUGUGCUUGCGUGGUCCUUCCUGUAAGGCCCGGGGAGACGCCGUGUCGGCUCGCAGCAGAGCAGCCACCUGGGUGCCCUGGUCCUCACUGCCGCUGACUCACCCCGGCAGUCACGGGCUUGCAGUCCUGGAGGGGGUGUCUGCAGCCAGUCCUGGUGUGGGGGGCCAGCAGCCUGGUGGGGAGGCUGCGUGCACUGAGUGGGCUGUCCCCUCUCCUGCCCGCCUUGCGCUCUGCCUGCACUUGGGGUGCUGAGGGAUUAUUCACCACUAGGAGAGCCCCUUGGGAGCUGACGGCUGAACCGCAAGUCCCUGCCACUUGCUUUGCCGACCCUGCUGGGUGUCAGGCCAGGCCCCUGCCUCUGGCUUGGGGUGCGCCCAUGUGGUCCUUCCAGGCACGGGGCUCGCCCCCACUCUCCCCGUCCUGUGUGGUUGCGGCGAGGCCAUGCUCUGCACGUGACGCCGUGCUCCCUCUAGGGGUGCCCGCCCCAUCAGAGCGGCCGCUGCGGACGGUGGGCGAGGAAGCCACGCGGCCCCGGUCGGACAGGCUGGCAGGGCCCAGGGGGCCUGUGCCGCGGGCAGAGCAGCUCCGCUCCGCCGCCUCCGGGGCUCCUUGGGGUCUGAUUUCCCGGCAACCCCCAGAGGAGCCAGAACCUGGGGCGGAGGGCGCAGCAGGGAGCCGUGGGGCCUCCCACUUGGGUGCCAGGGCCGCUGCCUCGCGGAAGGGAGCUCGUGGGGUGUCCAGUUACCGUCGCCGGUGAUGAAAGCAACGCUGUUUACGUAAAAACGUUCUAGCUCUGGUGAGUUGGCGUGACACCUGCUGGGUGGGGGUCUGUGGCACGAAGCGCCACCCCGCAUGCGGCCGGGGUGUCCUCGGGCCCGGCCGAGCGGUCCUGUCGAGCAGAGAAGGGAGGGAGGGCCCUGCAGUCUUGGAGAAGCGGCUGUGUGCCCUUGGGUGCGGCUCAGCCCCUUAUUUAUGACCCUAAUUUAUACCGCGCCCGCCCGGGAGCACACGCCUUCGCCUUGCUGUGUACAGACCCACCUCUGGGUGUAAAUACUUUGUUCUGUGUAUAAAUAAAACCUGUUUCUGACCCGCCACCGCAGGACCCUUGUCAUUCCUUGUGCUUCGGCAGGAAGUGGCCGUCGCCGAACUCUGCAGGCCGGACCGGAAUUACGUUUCCAGCAGCUCGGCAGCUCCGUGGAGACUGUGGAGGCUGAAAAGCCACUUUCUUUGGGAGCGGGGGUCGCUGACCCGCUGGAGCAACGCCGGGGUAGGGGAGCUGGGCUCGACUCGCU